AUGGAUAUAACACCUGAUUUAAGUCAUUUAACUGAAGAUGAAAGAAAAAUAAUUGAAGCUGUUAUUAAUCGACAAAAAGCUGAAGAAGAACGAGAUGCAUUGGCUUUACAAUCACGUAUGGAUGAUUAUUCAGCUCCAGUUGCAAUGGCUGGACGACGAUAUUCACAACAGACUAAAACACAUCCUCAUGGAAGUUUUUCAAAUGAAUCAGGUGUUUGUUGUGAAAUAUGUAAAAAAACAAAAUUUGUUGAUGAACGAUCAGCACGUCAAUGUUCAAUAUGUAAAAAACGUCUUUGUGUACGAUGUGGUGUACGACUAAAAGGACAUCAAUAUAAUAAGACAUUUUGGCUUUGUAAUAUAUGUCGUCAGAAACAAGAAAGUUAUUUUUCUUCACGAAAAUUAAUUCCAACAACAAGUUCUGUAUCACAAUUAAUAACAACAUCAAUUAAUACAAAUAAUAUUAAUGAUGAAAAUACAAAAAAUAUAUCAAAACAAUAUGUAUCAGAUUAUAUAUUAUCACAACCAUUUGAUACAAAUGAAAAAGAAGAUGAAGAUAUUAAAAUAAAUAAAAAUGGUGCUAAUAAAAAAAUAAAUCCAAAUAAUAUACAACAACGUAAACGAAUACUUCCAACGACACAUAUUAGACGUCAACAACAAAAAGAAUCAAAAGAAGAUUCAAGUUCAGAACAAGAUGACGGUGCUGUUUCAUCACCAGAUUCAGCUUCAGUUAAUGAUGAUAAUGAAUCUGUACCACGUGUGAAUAAAAAUGAUGAAGAUAUUCUUUCAUCAUUACCAUUAUCACGUUCAACACAUAAUUCACAAGUACCUUUAAAAGAAUUUCAAUAUCAUUCAUUUGAAGAUAAAGAUCUUGGACAUGAAAUAACAUUAAAAGAUUCAGGAAUUGAUACAGCUAGUUCAAGUACAAUACUUAAUGUUUUAUCAAUUGAUCCAUCGAAACAGCCAACAACAACUUGGCGUUUAAAUGAAAAUCGUACAGAACAAAUUGGUUAUGUUCAUCUUAAGAAUAAUACUUGGACAUUAGCAAUACGUGAUGAAUAUGAACAAGGCAAACUUAUGAAAGGAGAUAUAUUUACUGCAUUAGGUUUGAAAAUUCAAGGUGGUAUUUGUCAAGAAAAUGAUGAUGGAAGUGCUACAAUGAUUGCUGAAAUAACUAAAGUUACACCCGGUAGUAUAGCUGAUAAUUGUGGACAAUUACAAAUAGGUGAUCAAGUUCUUGAAUGGAAUGGAAAAAAAUUAACUAAUUUAAAUUAUAAUGAUGUUUUUCAAAUAAUAUCUCAAAAUUCCAUGCAAUCACCAGAUAUUCAUAUGAUUGUUAAAAGACCGAUCAGAUAUUCAACAUUGUCAAGUAAUGAACAAUCAUUAACAACUCUUCCUAUUUCGACAAUAUCAUCACAAGGUAAAAUUAGAUUUUAUAUAACCUAUUUUAAUAAUUAG